AUGGGUGCAGCGGCAGCAGCGCCUCGUUGCCUUGUGCUUGCCGGCCCUUCGGGUGUCGGCAAGGGAACCGUGCUUGCGCGUCUCAGUCAAGUGCUCCCGGACGUCUUCGGCUUCUCCGUAUCGCAUACGACGCGGGCACCGCGUCCUGGUGAGUGCGACGGGCGCGAAUAUCACUUUGUCACGGAGGAGGAGUUUCAGCGAGCCCGCGCUGAAGGCCGCUUCCUCGAAACUGCAUCCGUGCAUGGUCAGUGGUACGGAACGAGCUGGGAGGCCAUUGAACGUGUACGUCGCACUGGACGAAUCUGCGUACUGGACAUUGAUGUGCAGGGCGUGCGCAGCAUCCGAGCUGCAAAGCUUCCAGCGCUCGUCGUUUUCUUGCGACCGCCGAGCAUGGCGGAGCUGGAGCGACGUCUCCGUGGUCGCGGGACGGAGGACGAGGCCAAAAUCCAACGCCGCCUCGAGACUGCUGCCGAAGAGCUGCGGAUAGCACAUGAAGAACCCUCGCUCUUCGAUGCUAUUAUCGAGAACCAGGAUCUCGAAGAGACCUGCGCACAGCUACGAAAACUGCUUGACGAGGACGUGCAGGCGCUUCGCGGUGUGCGCGAGGCUGGAGCAGCAUCCGCUGCACAGCGAACGAGUUGA